AUGGCACACGGUAUAGCAGAUGAAGAUCCGACAAAAAAAGAAAUUAUCGAUCCACCUGAGGUUCUCGAUCAAAAACUUGAUCAAUUGGCCGAUUGGAUUCGUAAUGCUAAACAUUUUAUCGUGUUCACUGGUGCAGGCAUAUCGACAUCUACAGGUAUUCCUGAUUUUCGAUCUAGUAUGAAUACUAUUCUACCAACAGGACCGGGUGUAUGGGAACUUCGUGAUCAUCCUGGUGCUAAACGUUCUCCAACGGCUUUAACAGUUACUUUAACAAAAGCAAUUCCAUCAACCACACAUAUGGCAUUGGUCGAAUUGGCUCGUCAGAAUCUUCUUCACUUUGUUGUCUCUCAGAACAUUGAUGGUCUUCAUUUAAGAUCUGGGUUGCCUUCGCCCUUAAUAGCCGAGUUACAUGGUAAUUCUAAUUUGGAAAUAUGCAAAAAAUGUCAGACGAAAUAUUUGCGUGAUUUUCGAACGCGAACUGCCCUCAAAGCUCAUGAACAUCAAACAACUCGUAAAUGUCCCAAAUGUCGUUCGACACUGUACGAUUCGAUUAUCAACUUUGGAGAGAAUCUUCCUAAACAAGAACUUGAAGCAAGUUUUGAACAUGCAGAAAAAGCCGAUGUUUGUCUCGUCUUAGGCUCUUCAUUAUGA